GACUUUUUUUAAUGAGUAUUUUAGAAGAGCGUUACGUGUGUCAACUUUACUUUCUUGUGUGAAAGCGCUGAGGAAUGUGAAAAUUCUUAAUCCUAAUCUUGGGAUUUUUGGAAGCCAAAGCAGAUUUUGUGGUUGCUAGUCAAUGAAGGGUCACGGGCGGAUCGGGAAACAAUGAAAGAGUAAAAAUGAAGGAUCAUACAAACACACGUAGGAGGUUACAUCCAAACCAUUAGGAACAGAAGUCAUCGAGAGAUCACAAGCGCAAGAUCUGCACCUAUAAAAAUGAACUCUCCUGCUAAAAUGAAUAGUAUGGAGGCGUCAAAAAAAAAAGGGUAAAUGAUGUGUCAGUGGAUUUACAGUAUUCAAGUUAUUACUCAUCUUAAACUGAAAUCCCAGUGCAGUAUAAAAAUAGAGAAGUUAUUGCACAAAAGGGCCUGGUCUGAAAUUCCUUAUAAUCAGGAUGCUCCACCUCUCCUCACUUGUUGCUCUGCCCUCCUGGAGGCACUUGCAUGCAUACGGAAUAAAAAUGUGCACGGCCUUUUGUCCCGCGCCACAAGCUGCAGGAUAGCAAGUCUGGCUCAGCAGGUCUGUUUUUUUUUGUUUUUUUUUUUCACCCCGCGAUGGCCGGUGGCCUCGACAGGAGGGAAGAGUCCCCCGAGACGGGCCUGAGGAUGCACUAGAGGCGGCCCAGUUGGAUUUCCACACAGAGCAGCAAGUUAAAGUGGUGAAAACCUGACUUCAAGAUGGAGGAAACCUUUGAGGACAGAACCAAAAUGACCAGCCAGCUGGCUCUCUACGUCUCCAACGGAGAGAUUAGCGGUAAACGCCGGCGUGGCAUCUCAACUCUCAAGAUGUUUAUCGCGGCGCUGUCCUUCGCCUAUUUCUGCAAGACCCUGGCGGGAACCUUCGUCAAGAGCUCCAUCACGCAGCUCGAGAGACGUUUUGACCUCUCCAGCUCACGCGUCGGCCUUAUCGACGGCAGUUUUGAGCUGGGCAACUUGCUGUUUCUAGCCGUGGUCAGCCAUUUCGGCGCCAAGAUGCACCGGCCCAGGCUCAUUGCGGCGGGAUCGGUCCUCAUGGCGGCGGGAGCAUUUCUCACCGGACUGACACACUUCUUCAUGGGACCCUACAAGUAUGAUACAGUCAUCGCCGCCUUCCAAAAUGAAAGUAUGAGCACCGUCACUUGUCUCAGUCCUGAAAAUGACACGAGCCACUGGAACGAAACGGGUGCACAAGGUACAGCCCCCUUGGGGAUUCACUUUUCUUUUUACUCCCACUGAGCACAAGCGGCAACUUUUCACAGAAGCCACACUUGUAACGCCGAAUGAAGCUUCUUAGAGACGAGGGAAGGUAGCUAGCAAACAUUUCCUGUGGAAUGUGAAAACCUCAAUAUCCGAAUGAUGGUAAGAUGCAAAAAGAGAUAUGGACAAACUCAAAAUGCUGGCGACGUUUCAACACUUCCAGGAAUGUUCUGCCAGACUUGCUGUUGUACAAACACACACCGACGCU